UCGGAGGCCGGGGCCGCCAGGCGCCUGCUGGAGCAAGUGCAGGCCUGCUUUUCUCGCCCGCCGUCUGUCGUCGUGUCCUGUGCGGGCAUUACUAGGGAUGAGUUUCUUCUCCACAUGUCUGAGGAUGACUGGGACAAAGUCAUAGCUGUCAACCUCAAGGGUAUCUUUCUCAUCACUCAGGCUGCAGCCCAAGCCCUGGUGUCCAGUGGUUGUCAUGGCUCCAUCAUCAACAUCAGUAGCAUCGUAGGGAAGGUGGGGAACCUGGGACAGACAAACUACUCAGCAUCCAAGGCUGGCGUGAUUGGGCUGACCCACACUGUGGCCCGGGAACUUGGCAGACAUGGGAUCCGCUGUAACUCUGUCCUUCCAGGGUUCAUUGCAACACCCAUGACACAGAAAGUGCCACAGAAAGUGCUGGACAAGGUGACUGGAAUGAUCCCGAUGGGACACCUGGGGAACCCUGAGGAUGUGGCAGAUGUGGUCGCAUUCUUGGCAUCUGACGACAGUGGAUACAUCACCGGGGCCUCAGUGGAAGUCACUGGAGGACUCUUCAUGUAACUGCCUCAAGGACCCUGGACUCUGCGCGCCCCCCACCACUCUGCGGCCUCCUGCUGACGAGGACUCCGAGUUCCCAGGCUACAAAAGAGGUGGCAGUGUAUGGCUCAGGAAUGCUGAAUAUGGGAGGCAGGGGUGCUUGUGACCUUAAUAAAUUCCAAAUCCUCUUCCCUGCCA